GAAAAGGAAAAAAAAAAUCAACAAGGAGGAAACAGAAGCGAAGGUGUGUGGAAUCUUCAACCUGCAGGAACAGGAAUCCCUCUUCUGGGGUUUAUUUUGGAGAGAGAUUCCCUUCUCCUUGCCUGGUUGUCUUUCCAUUCCAUAACAAAAUCCUCCUAUUCCUUUCUUUCCAGAACGAAUUAGAUUUAGUUUCUCUUUUAACCCCUUUCUCCAUCCCAACAGAGGACGCAGCAAAUUAGCUUCAUCAGGUUCUGAGAAAUUGUAUUUCAAUGGCCGAGGAACACAGAUGCCAAGCACAGCGUCUAUGCGCCAACAAUUGUGGUUUUUUUGGCAGCCCUGCAACGCAAAAUCUCUGCUCUAAAUGCUACCGUGAUCUCCAGCUCAAAGAGCAACAAUCCUCUUCUGCAAAACAGGCCCUUAACCAAACGCUUGUUCCCUCCUCUUCGUCGGCGUUGUCGUUGGCGUCUUCGUCGCUUUUCGCUUCAUCACCUGCUGUUGGGAAGAGCGAUUCGGUAACGGAUGGAGCGAGAAGGGAGGAAGCGGUGGUGGCGACGGAACAGGGGCGGACAGAGAUGCAGGCGAGUACUAAUAGAUGCUUGACGUGCAGGAAGAGGGUUGGACUCACGGGGUUCAAGUGCAGGUGCGACAUGGUGUUCUGCGGAACCCAUAGGUACCCGGAGCAACACGGCUGCUCCUUCGAUUUCAAGGGGAUGGGAAAAGAGCAGAUCGCCAAGGCCAAUCCCGUCGUCAAAGCUCCGAAGCUGGAGAAAAUAUAAAAAAGGAGAUGGUCCUGUUAAGAUUUGGUUGGCUGGUGGUGGUGGUGGUGGUGGGACGGUGGUUUGCGGUGGUAGUUGGGGAUUAGGCGCAUCUCUGUGUGAGA